CCGACCAGCAACCUGUCACCACAGCGUAUAGAGCGCAGACCUAACAGAGUUACUAUAUCGGGAAACUGGAACGGACAGGGCUCCGGGAUGUCUCGUCCGUGAGAAACCACAUAAGGAACUAUCGAAACAGACACUGCAAAGCGAGGCAGGAGUUUUAAUUGCAAGGAAAAUCUGGAUAUAACAGUUCCUUUAAUUAUUGCCGUUGGAUAGGUUGUUUCCAACUUUGCUUGACGGGUCGGAGUGGACUACCAACUGUGCUUCCAGUGGAGAGUUUCGUCUUAGCUAGACAGGAGCGGAUAUAUAAACAGCCGCUGACCGCGCACUCUGAAGUGGACUAAUCUUUCCCCAGCACCCGAUGGACUAGCCUACCAGGCAACGCCCGGAACCCAAUUAGUUGAUCAAUUUGGAUUCUUAGCGGGAUUACUUUGGACCUUUCCCCCCUCGUAACAAUGAGUCGGGCUGUGUGCACUCUUGCGGCGGUAGCGCUCUCCCUCGCGCUGCUGUGCGGUCCAGGAUCCAUUGGUCUGGUGCGUGCAUUCGGCGACGAGACAGAGGAGAUGACGUGCGACCCGAUACGCAUCGCCAUGUGCCAGGACCUGGGCUACAACGUCACCAAGAUGCCCAACCUGGUGGGCAACGUCCUGCAGUCAGACGCCGAGCUCCAGCUCACCACCUUCACACCACUCAUACAGUAUGGCUGCUCCAGCCAACUGAAGUUCUUCCUGUGUGCGGUGUACGUUCCCAUGUGUACAGACAAGGUUCCCAUCCCCAUCGGGCCGUGUGGCAGCAUGUGUCUGUCUGUCAAGAGGAAGUGUCUGCCAGUCCUAUUAGAGUUCGGCUUCGUCUGGCCAGAGCUGCUCAACUGCAGCCUGUUCCCCCCUCAGAACGACCACAACCACAUGUGUAUGGAGGGUCCGGGGGAUGAGGAGGCCCCCUACCACCCGGUCCGACCCCUGCCCCCCCAGGAGGAGGAGUGCCAGGCCCUGGGGGCCGGGCCAGACCAGUAUGCCUGGGUGAGGCGGAGCCACAGCUGUGCACUGCAGUGUGGGUAUGACGCGGGGCUGUACCGGCGCGAGGCCAAGGUGUUUACAGACGUGUGGAUGGCAGUGUGGGCGGUGUUGUGUUUCCUCUCUACCACCCUGACCGUCCUCACCUUCCUCCUGGACUCAACACGUUUCUCCUACCCUGAGAGACCCAUCAUCUUCCUCUCCAUGUGCUCCAACCUCUACAGCGUGGCCUACCUGGUGCGCCUGACUCUGGGUCGGGAGCGUGUGUCCUGUGACCUGGAGGAGGCAGCGGUACCUGUUCUGGUACAGGAGGGGUUAAAAAGUACUAGCUGUGCCAUUGUCUUCCUCCUGCUCUACUUCUUUGGCAUGGCCUCCUCGUUGUGGUGGGUGAUUCUGACUCUGACCUGGUUCCUAGCUGCAGGGUUAAAGUGGGGUCACGAGGCCAUUGAGAUGCACAGCUCCUACUUCCACAUAGCAGCCUGGGCAAUCCCCGCCAUCAAGACCAUUGUCAUCCUCAUCAUGCGACUAGUAGAUGCUGAUGACCUCACGGGGCUGUGCUAUGUGGGUAACCUACAGCAGGAGGCAGUGACGGGUUUCGUGGUCGCCCCGCUCGCUGCAUACCUCCUCAUCGGCACUCUGUUUAUCUGCGCCGGCUUGGUGGCCCUGUUUAAGAUCCGCUCCAACCUGCAGAAGGACGGGGCCAAGACGGACAAGCUGGAGCGUCUGAUGGUGAAGAUCGGGGUGUUCUCUGUGCUGUACAUGGUACCUGCGUCCACCGUGAUCGGCUGCUACCUCUACCAGCUGUCCCACUGGGGGGACUUCAGGGCCAGUGCCAGGGACUCAUACGUGGCAGCAGAGAUGCUGAGGAUCUUUAUGUCUCUGCUGGUGGGCAUCACGUCGGGCAUGUGGAUCUGGUCGGCCAAGACCCUUCACACCUGGCAACGCUGCUCUGCCCGCCUGUGGAGGGAUGGCCGGGCAGGGAGGGGCAAGCGGGCACCGGGGGACAGCUGGAUAAAACCUGGCAAGGGCAAUGAGACGGUGGUGUGAGUAGAGAGGGAGAGAAAGAGGGGAAGAUAGGAACCGGGUGGCUUUUUAAAGCAAACCUGCCCCCAAACCCACUGCUAGUGCUACUACCUGAUGUAGGAGAGCGAAAGAGAGAAGGACAGACAGAUAAAUAGCCCCACUAAGCAGACAGUGGUCUCCUUUGCCCACAUUGUCUGUGGUUCUCUCCCUACUAGCAGACUAACCCACUGCCAGAGAAGAGACUGACCCUGUUGCCUACAGCAGGCUCUGGGCUGAUCUAUAGAACCUUCUGACUUCAGACAGGUGUUUUAAAGGUUGAAUUUACACUGGAGUCAUGGUCCAGAUGAUGUAGAGAUCUAAACUACAGCCACACUGAAAUGCACUAUGACUAGCUGAUGUGGAUGUAGCUUGGUUAACAUGCCUUAUGUGGAACGGGAGGCUGGGCUGCUCAGACAGCCACACUGAAAUGC